AUGGCUUCAGACAAUGGCCUCACCCUGACUGUGGUGGGAUGCGGUACCAUGGGUAUCGCCAUCCUAGGCGGCAUCAUGGAUUCACUCAACUCAUCCUCGCAAUCCUCCGAACAAGAACAAAACCUACCACCUCGUCUACCCAACCGUUUCAAUGCCACAUGCCGCAGCGAUCGCAGUGCUUCUCGCAUCAAGAAUGAGCUAGGGAAAUACAACGCCAACUUGAAUGUCAUCCAAUCAGACAAUGUGCGCGCAAUGAAGGAGGCAGAUGUGGUCUUGCUGGCCUGCAAGCCCUUCUACGUCAAGGAUGUCCUGCAAGCUGAUGGCGUACGCGAAGCUCUCGAGGGAAAACUGCUCAUCAGUAUUCUGGCUGGUGUUCCUGAAGCACAAUUGGAAGACUUGCUAUACCCUGGCUUAUCGCACGAGCAAGUACGCGAGAAGAUCACUAUUGUGCGCACCAUGCCCAACACUGCAUCCAAGGUCCGCGAGAGCAUGACAGUCAUCAACCAAUCGACUCCUCCGCUGCCCCAGGACACCAAGAACCUCGUUCACUGGAUGAUGUCGCGAAUUGGCAAGGUUGUCGAGAUUGAGCCCAAGAACAUGGAUGCAUGUACCGCCCUCUGUGGCUCUGGUCCCGCAUUUGCUGCUUUGAUCAUGGAAGCACUUGCAGACGGCGGUGUUGCUAUGGGUAUUCCUAGAGCAGAGGCAAACCUUAUGGCCGCCCAGGUUAUGAGAGGAACUACUGGUCUGGUUCAGGAUGGCGAACACCCUGCUAUCUUGAGGGAGAAGGUGUCGACACCUGGCGGUUGCACUAUUGGCGGUCUUCUCGCACUCGAGGACGGAGCUGUGAGAAGUCAUGUCUCGAGAGCUGUCAGAGAGGCUACUGUUGUUGCUAGCUUGCUCGGCAGUGGAGCAAAGAACGUCAACGGAACCAGACAUUGA